UUCGCGCAUGCGUGAACCGUUCGGGUCUUCUGGGACCUAUCAAGUAGUGGCAGUCGUAUCUCGCGAGAGAACUAAACAACCAGCUCUAUUUUUCUUCUUCUUACUGUCGGGUUGCAGCCAUGGCUUGAAAGGUUCAUACCGCUACCUACCAUACUGUAGAAUUUAGUGCGGGCCAUAGGACGAGAAGGUGGCAUGUGUUCAAAUCUAUGAGGUCUUGAUGUUUCUCUCGCGAGAUCUGACAACAUCGCGUGGGAACUAAACAGGACGAUGACGAAGCAAAAUGGCGUUUGACAAAGACGUUAUUGUGUUCUUUCUACUUUUCUGUUCCUAAUCUGUGCGUACAUGUACCCUUAUGUGUCGUGCAUAAUAGAGUAAACACCAAACAGCAUUAAUAAUUGUUUACAUCCGGAUACAUUAGUCCGAGCGCACUUUGACGUUUCUCGUGCUAGCUUAGCUUGCUAGUUAGCUUAGCUUGUUAGCUGCUAACAAAGUGACGCAGAAGUGAUCAACACGUCGCUAAGCAGAGAUCAGAUGUGAGUGUAAAGUGUUGUGAUUGUGUGAAAAUGUGCGAAAGAACGAUAGCAGAGUACAAGGAGGAAGUUUGUCCAACAAAAGAGGAGAAGGAGCGACAACAUCAACUACUGGACGCUGUUUUCAAGGAACAUCAGCUUGUUUUACACACAACAGAUGUCUGUAAAGAACAUCUUCUCCCUGAGCAGCAGGAGUGGACCUGCGGGAUGGAGCAGGGAAAACCACAGCGCCCCCACUUUAAAGAGGAAGAGGAGCCACAGCCCCCACAUAUUGAAGAGAAAGAGGAGUCACAGCCUCCUCACAUUAAAGAGGAAGAGGCGGAGAAACAGACCCCUCACAUUAAAGAGGAAGAGGAGGAACACAGCAUCAGUCAAGAAGGAGAGCAUAAUGAAGGACUGGAGGAGGUUGAUGUCACCAAGAUGCCAUUGACUGAUGUCACUGUGAAGAGUGAAGAUGAGGUCAAAGGUGAAAGUAAGGAGGAGAGAGAGGUGGAGCCUUCAAGCAGCAGCUCAAUUCAACACAUGAAAACAGAAGCUGAUGAAGACCACUGUGGAGGAUCACCAGCAGACAAGCUCUUAGCUCCACUGUCAGAUAGUGACGACACAACGUCACACUCUCCUGACACUGAUGAUGACAUGUCAUGUCACACUGACAUCACACACUAUAAAUGCUCUCACUGUGGCAAAACUUUUAAAUAUCAUUGUCAUUUAAAAAUACACGUCAGAACGCACACUGGAGACAAACCAUUCAUGUGCUCAUUUUGUAAUAAAAGAUUCUCCCGGAAAGAAAAUAUGAAAAUUCACAUAAGAAUACACACUGGUGAAAAACCUUAUUCCUGUUCAAGUUGCAACAAAAGUUUCGGAGAAAGGGCAACACUUGUGCUACACAUGAGAACGCACACCGGUGAAAAACCGUACAUGUGCUCAAUUUGUGGUAAAAGAUUCUCUCAAAGGCAUUAUUUGAAAGCACACACAAGAAAAAUCACUGCUGAAAAAACGUUUUCAUCUUCAACCCACGGUGAAGAUUUUACACAAAAUACCGAUUUGAAAGCAUAUAUGACUCCACACACUGGAGACAAACCAUUCAUGUGCUCAAUUUGUAGGAAAAGAUUCUCCCGAAAGCAACAAUUGCAAAUUCACCUAAGAACACACACUGGUGAAAAACCAUAUUCCUGUUCCAACUGCUGGAAAAGCUUCGGAGAAAAAUCCAAACUUAUAUUACAUAUGAGAACGCACACUGGUGAAAAACCAUAUUCCUGUUCAUGCUGCAACAAAAGCUUUGCUUACCGAUCAGCACUUGUAACGCACAUGAAUCGACGCACUGGUGAAAAACCUGUUAUCUGUUCAGUCUGUGGUAAAGGUUUUGUACAAAGUCAAGAUUUGAAAGACCACAUGGAAAUGCACGCUGAGAAAGUGUUGAGUUGCAGUGCGUGUGGUGAAAUAUUCCCUUGUAAAUACCAAUGUAACAAGCACAAGUGUGCUGGUGCAGAACAGCAGCAGCAAAUGAAGCUGCAGAAUUUGGAAUAAAUUGUCAAAACUUACAUUUUCUAACAUCACCACAUAUAACAUGUAACAUCAUUGUCGUGUGUAACCGUACAAAACAUAUUACUUACAAUAAACAUAAGGAUAUCCAUAAUUCAGUGUUAUGCUGAUACAAAAUGAUGUUUUUCAAAUCUGUUUUAAAUGUAUGGAGUGUUUCCAUAUUUUCACUUCUAAUUUUAAAUGAUUGCAUGGAUGAAUUAUUUUAUAUGAUAUACAUAUUUGUUUUACAUUUGUUCAUACCUUUUUUUUGUGUACACAUAAAUCACUCUUAGUUCAUAUGUAUUGGUUCACAUCUGGACCACUUCUGGAAGCAUAUUAUGUUCUCUAUACAUCAUUUCAACACAUUUGUGUUCUACAAGAUCAUCUACUUUUCAAAUGUGACUUUAUGAAUCAUUGGUGGAGUCAUGAUAAGCCAUUCCAUUAAUUAUCAUUAUUACUCUCUUUUGUAUAUGAAUAUUACUUUUGUGAUUGUUUUAUAUGUAUGUCCCCAGACAUUUAUUCAAUAAGCAAUGUAUGCUUCAACAAAAUUUGGAUACAAUAAAUGUAUUUAACAUUUGUUGUGUGUAUUUUGUUCAGUUUAAUAUUGCAGUUGUUUAAUAUUUGAUAUGUUGU